AUGAGCGUGCCCGGGGCGCUGCUGGCCGUGCCGCUGCUCCUGCUGCAAGGGGCGUUUGCAGGGGCUGCCGGUGACGCUGUGGCUCUGAAGGAAGGAGAAAAUCUCGACCUGAACUGCACCUUCAGCACCCUCAGCAACCACAACUUCACCCUGCAGUGGCUGAACCCGCGGAAUUUCACCAUUUUCCUCAACGCCCAGCAGGUUCUGAGGGACCGGAGGUACAAACUGCUGCGCUUCUCCAGGGCUGAACUGUCCAUCCGGCUCUCCAACCUGACUCUGCAGGACGAGGGCAUUUACCGCUGCCUGCGCUACACCCGGCUCGUCACAACCCAGAGCCACAACAUUCACAUUUUGGUUCCUCCUUCCCAGCCAGUGCUGGAAAUCUCCCAGGAUGAGGAAAGGGGCAUCAAACUCUCCUGUCGGACUCACGGGGCCAGACCCCAGCCCCAAAUUUCCUGGCUCUUGGACAACGGGAUUGAGCUCCCAGGCGACACCAGGCACCAGCUGGGGGCCGACGGGAGCCGAUGGAGCAGCCGGAGCUCCCUGAGGCUCCUGAGCUACAGCCCCGCAGGGACGGCCACCUGUGCCAUCCGGCACCCUGCGCUGGGCACACGGGCCCUGCUGGCAUCCCUGUCCUUCCGGAACCUUCCCAGGGCAGGCUGCAAACAGGCAACCCGACCUUCAGAGGAUGCAGGAGUUCCCAGCUCAUCAGAGAAUCCAGCAGUUCCCAGUUCUCCAGAGAAUCCAGCAGGUACCAACCCAUCUGCAUCCCCAAAAGAACCAGGAGUUUCCAGCCCUUCUGCAUCCCCAAAAGAUCCAGGAGUUUCCAGCCCUUCUGCAUCCCCAGAGAACCCAGAAUUUUCCAUCCCUUCUGCAUCUCCAAAAGAUCCAGAACUUUCCAAUCCUUCUGCAUCCCCAGAGAAUCCAGAACUCUCCAGUCCUUCUGCAUCUCCAAAUCAUCCAGAACUUUCCAGCCCUUCUGCAUCCCCAGAGAAUCCAGAACUUUCCAGCCCUUCUGCAUCCCCAAAAGAUCCAGAAGUUUCCAUCCCCUCCGCAUCCCCAGGGAUUGCAGCAGUUCCGGCCCAGCCAAACCUCACGGAUGUCUCGCUGCUCGGUGAGUUUGGUCUCAGCCAAACCUGAAUUUCUCCAACCUGAAAUGGCAAUGACAGAGGUGCUGCCGGGCACAGCGUUCCAUCCCACAUCCCACAGCGGUCACAUUUACCAGCACAAACCUCCGUUACAGAGCAAAAUCCCGAAUCCAAGGGGCUCCUGAGGAAGGAGAAGAAUCUCCUGCUGCCCGUGCUGGUGGCUGCUCUGCUCCUGGUGCUGCUCAUCAUCGUGCUGCUCUUCAUGGUGAAGCUGAAGAAAGCGCACGGGGCGUGGAAGAGAGAAAAUGAUGUUUCAGAGCAAACACUGGAGAGUUAUAAAUCCAGAUCUAACGAAGAGAGUCCAGGCCAUGAGAAGAACGGACAAGCUGGAAAUCCCAAAUCCAACAUGCAAUAUAUAACAGAAGAACAUGUGGAAACCCCAGAGAAGAAUCUGGAAACCCCAGAGAAGAACCUGGAAACCCCAGAGAAAAAUCCAGAAAGGCCAGAGAAGAACCCAGGUGACAAAAGCACGGCAAUAAAUGAGGAAAUAUUCACGUGCGGAAGGGAGACAGACGUGUAA